CAGCGUGGUGGUGGAAGUGUUUGCAGCCGAGGGGGGGAACCUAAACUGUGAGCAACCUCGCAACUUCUCUGGGCCAAACAACCAGAACCACCACGGUCCAAACCUCGAGAGAGAAAAAAACAAAACAAAAACAUGAAAGUACACCUUAUUGUUUUCUCAGAAGACGUAGGAGUUGAAGGUUAAAGUGACUUUUUGAAAGUGGAGCUGCUUCCUUGUUCGACAACGGGGUGAAAAUAUCUCAACAUCCUCACAAAGAAACUUUGCUCUGGCUAGUUGGGCUGCUAACCCGCACACAAGCCUGAGAGAGAGAGAGGGAGAGAGAAAAGUAUGAUCACCGCCGAGGACUUGAUCUGAAGCUGUCUCAUCUCAUCGAGCUAAGCUUUUUUUCUGGUAGCUGGAAAUGUUUUUCUGAAUGACUCAAGGCUGAAUUUUGUAACGGUUUUGAGUAGUCAUCAUCACCAGUGGAGGAAGGGCUGCAGCUGGUAACGUUACUCCACCAGCCAGCCAGCACCACACAGCGCCCCUAGAUCUCCACCAGGCAGCACAUCCAUUGCUUUUCCACUCCCCUCCCUCCCUCCUCCUCCUCCUCCUCCUCCUCUUUUCCCAGUAAGUUUAGGUGCUAAGUAGUCCCAGAUUUGUUUGAAGAUGUCCAACCGAAGUGGAGUUGGACAGAUCCGGGGAGCCACUUUGGGUCCACAGCCCCUCAAGGCUACUAUUCCCUAUCAGCUGGCCAGCAAGCCUCGACCCAACCGGAGGGAUGGAAAGUCAGCUGGAAAGGCCAAACCACAUCAGCUGAGCUCUGGCAUGAGGCGGACAAUGUCUCUUGAUGCCAUCAUCGGGCCGUACCUGCAGGGACACUGGCCGAAAGAACCAGAGGGCCAGAGCAGCCUGUCACGCAAGGACAAAUCCACCCAGACUCCAGACUCAUGGACAGAUAAGUCCCAAAACAGGAGAAGUAGCAGCAGUCACAAACGCUCAGCAUCAUGGGGCAGCGCUGAAAAUCUGCGAGAGAUCGCUAAACUAAAACAACAGCUGCAGCAGCGCAACAAACCUGCAGUCUCAGGGGGGCAUGACAAGGACCGCCAGCGUAGCUAUCCUCAGGGGAGCUGCAGCUUAGGAACUACUCAGACUCAGCCAAUUCCCAUCCCCCUCGCUCCCCUGUCUACACUGGUCCCUCGACUGCGCUGCAGCGUGGAAGGCCUCAAUCAGGAGCUGGAAGGCAUGUUCAUCUGCCAGCCACCACAUCUUCAGCACAGGCUCCUUGAGGUUCCAGACGGUCACCGGGCUCCCAUCCCUCCGCAGAGCUGCAGCAGUGGAUCUCAGAGUGACCCUGCCACCACACCACUGUCAUCCUCUUCCUCCUCCUGCUCACCACCCAGCUCUCCUCCCACCUACAUCUCCAUCUCCCCACCCAACACUGAAGAUGUACCUCUGGAUCUGCACCAAGGUGUGAUAGACAGUGCAGAGAUGUCCCUCCUGUCGCCGUUCUCCUCCCAGAGUGAGGCCGACCUCUCCCUGCCCCUGCUGCUGUCGUCCUCCCCAGGACCCAACAAAAGUUGCUGCUUCCAGAGGGAACCUCCAGAGGGCUGCGAAAAGGUCCGAGUCUGGGAGGAAACCAGCACUCCAGACCAACUCAAGCCAGCCUUCAUCUCCUCCUGCCCAGACCCCAACAAGGUAAACUUCACCCCCCAUGGGGGCUCAGCCUUCUGCCCCGUCAGCCUCCUCAAGCCGUUGCUCCCCUCCAUGGACCUGUUGUUCCGCAGCCUCUCCGUCUCUCCAGCAGGCAGUUGCUCGAGCCAGGGAACGAGCUCCUGCCAGGUAACGUCCUCUGGCAACCGGGCCGCUCCUCCAGAUCCUCCUGCCACCGCUGCUGUGAUGGGAGAAAGCUCAGGGGAGGGCCUCGCUUUCUAAUCACAGCUGCAAAAUAAAAAAAAAAAAAGCAUAAUGCAGAUAUUCCAGCGGUCUGGGACAGAUUUGUUGGUGUCGCUUUAUUUUAGGGAAGGUCCUCUCUUUUUCUAUACAGGUGUAAAAUAAUCCUAUGUUUAAAAAAAAUAAUAAUAUUGAAAAAAAAAAAAAUAUUUUACUCGUACGCAGUCCGAUGGAUGUGCUUUAUGAGCUACUUGUUUUGGGUUUUCGGGCAUUGACAUUCCUUAAUUAAGGCCAUUAGUUUGGUUUUGUGAUUUAAUAAUCCAAAGAUAUUUCUGGCCAAACACGAGUGUUAGGUUGUGUGAUCAACCUCUCACUCAUUCUCCUCUUAACUCUGUGUGAGAUGGGAUUUGUUGCAUGACUGACCACCUCGCUCGCUGCACAUUUUUGUUUCAGUUUCCCCAAAGAAACCACGACAUAUACUUAUUUGUCUAUACUGCUUUUUAAACUCUGACUGCAGUGUGUCAUCUCUGGCCAAAAUAUUAGAAGUCUGGGUCAAGUUUAAAAACUCUUCUUGGAUAAUUUUUUUUUUUAAAGUAUUCAAAGAUAUUUAUCUACAAUUCAUCUUAAAUGUUUUACAUAACUUGACCCUGCACGUGUUGCUGGUGUACAAAGCAUGACAAAUCAGUUGGGUACUUUUUUAUUUACCUGAUUUAACAAAAAAAAACCCCACAAUGAAAUCACAUUUUGAUUAUUGUAGACUGAAGGGAAUUUUUCAGUUGUUGGACUUGGGUAGCAUUAGUACCUAAAGGCUUCGGCUCACGCAUUCCUGCUUUAAAUAUUGUACAGAUUAUUUUUGUUGUCAUCUUGUUUACUUGCAAAAAAAAAAAAAAGUAACUUGUGCAUGUUGAUGGAUUAAGAAAAACAACCUGUUAUUCCUUGAUGUUCUAGAUGUGUGCUUAAUGGUAUGUUUAUAGUUUUGAGGUUUCACAGCCUAGUUGACUACCUAACCAGUUUUAGUGGUGUAGAUUUGUCAUCCAUAAUGUUUCUCUAAAGAUGUUUUUUUUUUCUUUCUGCCAAGCUGACAAGUUGAUGUUCAAAUAGUUUUAUUUCUGGUAGACAUGUUUGCACAAAUUGAACUGCUACUUUUGAGUCGCAAUUCUUAUUUUUAUAUUCACUUUUGUACUUUAAGAGUAGUAAUGUGUAUUUUCUACAUCUUUUUUCAAUUACCUGCAACAUAAGCUAAAAAAAAAAUCCUGUUACUUUUAGUUUGUUCCGUCAGUAUAUUUGAGGCAGGUGUUACAUGAGAUACUGUAUCGGGUGGAUUUUUAUGCACUUCCAGGAGAGGGUUUUCAUAUGGAGGAGAAGACGUUUCUUCCACACGUUCGUCCUGGGUUUAUCGUCUCUGACAGGAGAUUUGUUUAUGUGUGUGCACAUGGAUAGAAAGUUAACUAGUCUGAUUGUUUGACUUCAAGUUUUAGUAUCCUGGUGAAAUACAUGGUGAAACAUUGUCUUUUUUUCCCCCCAAAUAAGCCUCAAAUUCAAUGUUUUCUGACUCUGUGUGGAUGCUGUGGAUGUGUUUAUCUCAGGUUCUGUGUUCUGUCCACAUAAAUAUAUGAUUCAUAA